AUGUGGAAGAACAUUAAGGAGUUCAAAGAUAAACAUGUCAGCAAAUUGGGGUCGGAGUCGUCUUCGGCUCCCCAAAAAAAUGACCAAGACUUGACCACGAUCCUGGAUCGCUCCCAACGCGCUGACCUGACAGUGUUGGUCGCUGAGAUCAUACAGUCCAUGCGCCAUGUAGUUGAACAAAAUUACCAUAACCACACGUCCGAGCCCGAUCGGUUCCCGCCGGAUACAGAAACCGAAAACCGCCCGCGUUCUUCCUUCGAUAGCCUUGAAGAAGAUUCAAAAGGCGAAAGCAAGCCUGAGUUUGUGAAGCUUACCGCCAAUGAUUUGAGAGAUGAAGCUAGUACAUUGUCUAGCUUUGAUGAUUGGAGAGACGCGGUACUUCUCCGUAUUGGCGAAGUGGUCAAUCGGGAAGAUGAACGCCAUGAGGGAGAAGAGAGUCCCGAGCGCUCGGAAGUACCCCAAGAAUCUCAGCCACAGCUUAACGAGGACGAGCGAUCGAUUCAAAAGUUACAGCAGGUCUAUCCUCCGGUGCAAACACCUCUUGCACGUCUCGACAAGGCCAAGAAACUGCUUAUCCUCCAUACAUUACUUCUUCUCAUGCUUAGCUUGGAGCAUUACAACGCACGAUCGCGUGUAUUGAUGUUAUAUGUCACAUCAAGUCUGGGUCUGGAUGUCAAGGUUCUAAACGGCGACGAGGUCACAGUCGCGCGGGGUUUGCUUGACACAGCCCUUCAACUGUCAGGCAGCGGGGACGGGCAAGGCCAAAAUGAGAAAGGUGAUUCUUCUAGGAAAUGGAAAGUUGGCAUCGCUUCAGUCACAGGAGCUGUGCUUAUUGGAGUUACUGGUGGACUUGCUGCUCCGUUGGUCGCCGCAGGUCUCGGCACGGUUUUAGGAGGACUCGGACUCGGAGCCACAGCCGCUGCAGGGUAUCUUGGAGCUCUUGCUGGUAGCGGCGUCAUUGUUGGAGGCCUCUUUGGUGCCUACGGCGGCCGGAUGACUGGACGAAUGGUGGAUAAGUAUGCGCGUGAGGUAGACGACUUUGCAUUUCUACCGAUUCGAGGAUCGCGUCACAGAUCGGAGGACGAGAAAGAAGCCGCUCAGGAGGACCAUCGGCUCAGAGUUACCAUUGCCGUCACAGGCUGGGUCACUGAGGAAGAUAAUUUUGUGGUCCCUUGGCGUGUCAUUGGCGCUGACUCCGAAGUGUUCGGCCUGCGAUGGGAGAUGGAGCCAUUGAUGAACCUCGGAAACGCAAUGGAUCUGUUGGUCACUAGUGCUGCGUUUGCUGCUGGCGGACAGGUCCUGAAGAAAACGGUUUUCGCGUCACUUUUGAGUGCAGUGGCUUUGCCGCUUGGUCUGCUCAAGGCGACCAAAGUGGCUGACAAUCCUUUCAGUGUUGCCAAAGUACGAUCUGAGAAGGCUGGUGAGGUCCUUGCCGAUGCAUUGAUCAGCAAAGUGCAAGGCGAGCGCUCAGUCACUCUUAUCGGAUACUCUCUAGGCUCUCGGGUUAUUUUCUCCUGCCUUCAGACUCUGGCAAAGCGACGCGCAUACGGUUUAGUCGAGUCCGUGGUCCUCAUGGGAUCCGCCACCCCAUCUAACACCGAGCACUGGCGUCGCAUGCGCAGCGUCGUGAGCGGCCGCAUUGUGAAUGUCUACUCCGAAAACGACACUGUUCUUGCGCUUCUCUACCGAACCAGCAGCUUCCAAAUGGGCGUUGCUGGCUUGCAGCCCGUCCACGGCGUUCCCGGCGUCGAAAAUCUAGACGUCAGCGAUAUCAUCAGCGGCCACCUUCGCUACCAAUUCAUGGUCGGACACAUUCUGCGCCGCGUUGGACUAGAGAGCAUUGACAAGCGCGAAGUCAUACGCGAGGAGGUAGCACUAGAAGAGAAGGACCGAAGACAGGAGCAGGAACGCAUCCGGAACAAGCGUCGGGCAGGCAUUGACGAAACCGCAGACGAGGAGUCAGCUCGUCGGGCGAUGGAAACCGACCAGGGCGCGGAAGAGGAGGCACGACUUCAGCGCCAAAUGCAGGCCAGGACCAAUGAACAGUUGCCUCCUAAACCGCCGCGUCCUACCAACGCGGAGCUGGAACAGCGGCCGAAACUUCCUCUGCGUCCUCAUGUCCCGCGUCGUCCCGUCCCUGAUAGUUCCCAGGAAGGGCUUUAG